CUUAGCCUGGCUUCACAUCCCUGAAACCCAGAGGUCUUGAUGCAGAAAUGAAAAGAAAUGUUAAGAAAGAAGUGAAGCUGUCCUCCUCUCCCUUGGAUAUUGAUGAUGGGUGUCGGGAAGUCUAAAAUAGACCCCUGCCCUCUCUCUCUCUCCUUGGGGAAAAGCCCCGGGGUGGAAAAGAGUCAGGGACUCCAGGAGUCAGCUUCCAAGAAACCGGACGACCACCCCAUGCACGAUCUGGCUGAGCCAAGCCCCACGACCCCGGCCCCGGUGCCUGCUGGGGAACAUGAGGGGGCUGAGGGCCAGGGAGACAUGUUGGAGGGGGAAGAGGAGGAGGAGGAGGUGGAGGAGGAGGUGUUCCUCAAGUUCGUGAUCCUGCACGCGGAGGACGACACAGAUGAAGCCCUCAGGGUCCAGAACCUGCUGCAGAAUGACUUCGGCAUCAAGCCCGGAAUCAUCUUUGCCGAGAUGCCCUCCGGCCGGCAGCAUCUACAGAACUUGGACGACGCCGUGAAUGGGUCCGCGUGGACCAUCCUGCUGCUGACCGAGAACUUCCUAAGAGACACCUGGUGCAAGUUCCAGUUCUACACGUCGCUCAUGAACUCAGUGAACAGGCAGCACAAGUACAACUCGGUCAUCCCCAUGCGGCCUCUCCACAACCCCCUGCCCCGCGAGAGGACCCCCUUCGCUCUGCGGACCAUCAACGCCCUGGAAGAGGACAGCCGUGGCUUCCCCACCCAAGUUGAGAGAAUCUUUCAGGAGUCCGUGUAUCAGAUCCAGCAGUCUCUGUGGAAGGACACCCGAAGUAGCCUCCGCAGGCAGGUCCUUGCCUGAGACAGAGCCUCCAGCACGCGGCUGGCUCUCGUCUGGGAAAGCCGACCCCUCAUCUCUACAUGAGAAAGCACAUUUCUGGCAAGAGGUUGGCAGAAUUUUACAGAAACACAGGAGCUCAAGCACGAGACGUUUCUGCAGGACAUUGUAUAGACUUUGGAGGUGCUCUUUGAUGCCUUGGAUAAACUUGAGACUGUCCAAGCUUCGAGAACAUUCCUCUCACGGUUUUCCUGGUCCACGCAUAUCACAAAGGAUAGCCUUAGUUCAUAGCCCUGGUAUCUGUCCUUGAACAUAGACUUCUGUGGGAGACGUUGUACAGAUACAAUGAUGCUUUCAUUUUGUUCGCAAAGGAUGUGCAGGAGAGAAGGUCCCCGGGAGAUCUGACCACCCUUCCUGAGGAGGCCCCAGACAGAAAUGUCGCAGCCAGGGUGACUGGUAUCAUCGCCCAGAAAUACAGAGAGCCCGAUGAGAACAUUCAGAACGUUGAGUAGUGAUACUUGCGAAACAAAAAGCUGAUGCGAGAACGGUGGGGUGUUUUACAAGAAUCCAGCCAACUGUGUUCUUUCUGCUGGACUUGGGGGAUUUGGAGACAGUGCCUAGCCCUGACUAGCCACCCAUUUGCUGGCGUUGUUGUUAGGGACGCCGGGGAGCCAUGUUGUGAGGUCCCCUGGAGCCUCAAGCUCUUGUGAUGUUAUCCGUAACUAGGGCUUUAUGUGUGGGGCUUCUGAACAGUUCUGUGUCCCUGACUGAGUUCUCCUUCGUCUCUCUUAGGACAGCCUUGAGAAAUUCCUCUCACUCCCAGUGCCCUACCAGGAAGUGUUCCUCAGCUCGGUGAUCAGAGUAGCCUGACCGUGUGCAUGUAUGCUGUUGGUUAUUCCUAGACUCAGGAUGGAAGCAGGAGACGCAUUCUGUGGCCUCCUCUUCUGUGUCCCACACUCCCAGCACACCACACAGGCCCACAAAGCCCUGUUGCUUCCCCUCCUGCUCUCCUGCGCCACCUGUGGCUGAAGGAGAGCCAUCAGGUAUGGAUGGGAGAUGGGAUGGGGCGGGAGUCACACCAGGUAACUAGGAAAGCGCCCACUGGGGGACCAGGAGACCUGGUUCCAGUCUAGUCUCUGCCUCCAAGGCUGAAUGUGACCUUCCCCUCCUUUAUCUGUGAAAUGAAAGGCUUGAAUUGAUGGAGCUCUAAAGGGCCUUUGUCCUCUCUCAGAAUGUGAACAAGUAGGAACCAGAAAAGGGAACAAGCAAAUAAUAAUAAUAAUAAUAAUUUUGUAGUGUGAUGUGUAAUAAGUUUCAGGAGGCGUGAGAUCAGCUCCCAAUGAAAGGAAACGCUAAUGUGUUUACAGCAUAAUUGAUUUCUGAUGCUAUCUGUUACACUUUAAUAGUACCAAGAGAAUUACAAUACUUGCCUCCUCAGAUUCUUUUAAAAUACAUUUUUUUGUAGGGACAGUUGAGCGAAGACGGUCUGCCUAAUAUUUCUUUCUCCUUAUCCUCACUUCUGCGUGUCUCCUCCUGGCGCUGGGGUCUGCUCACAUCUUUCUCCAUCCACCUCUCCAUAGCCAUCACCAAAUGUUCCAUGAGGAACUUUUCCCGUAAUCCUGCAAGUAAGUUAAACCUCCUCCUUCACUAGUACUCCUUGAAGAAGAGAUCGAUUUCGUCGUGCAGGGACAUUUUCUUAAAGUCCCUUUCUGUCAUAGUCGCUUACUACUUACUUUUCUUUCUCAGUUUUAAUGGUGUUCUUUUCCCCCCCCCUGUGGUCUGUCUCCAAUUUCAUACAGUAAAACAGCAUUAACCCACCCUUUCUGCUUAUUACCAAAGUGGGAGCUAUGGGCGCUGGGUGGUUUUUUUAAUAUAUGUGCUGCUGAAAUGGGCCCUCGAUGGUGUUUUUUAAAUAAAUGUUUUUAUUCAUUGCCCUUGACUACCCUUGAUUAUUUCCAACUCCAGGGAAGAUCGUGGGAAAGUAUUUUGAAAAAAUGGCAUUCGUCUGUACUCGUCCCUAGAGUACCAGGCACAGCGCCUCCUUCAAUCUGGAGUGAAAUAUAUUUUUUGUGAUGAAGAAAAACGUGAAGUCCUGAAUAACGAUGCAUGUUGAAAUUAACUGCCUUAGAAAGAAUUACCAAAUAACUAAACCGAGGAUGACAAGAAGGCAAGGUGUGGCCUUAGUUGUGUGUUUGUGUGUGUGUACACAUCCGUGUAGAUGAGAUUCAUACACACACACGCACACACAAGGAAGUUCUCUAACAUUCUGCCACACAUUGAAGGGUGUCCAUGGGGAGGACCCUCUGGGCCUCACUGCCCACCCUGGAACCUCACAGAAGAACCUGAGUUGUGCCUAACAGGUCAGUUGGGAUUCUUCCAGCUGUAGGAGACAGAAAACCCAAUGCCACAUGACCUACACCAUUAAGGUAAGGGUCUCUAACUUAACAAGAGGUCCCCUAAGGUAUGGUGUCUCCGAGGUGUCCUUAAAAACCCAGGUUCUUGGGUGCCUGGGUGGCUAG